UAUGCUGCUAACCACCAGAGUACACAUCAAUGUAUGAACACUAGAUCCAAAAAAAGUUUGGAUCCUUAAAACACUACAUGACUUUAAUCUAUACAUGUUCAAAACCUUAUAUAACUUUUAUCAAAAAGUGAAACAUUUAAUAAUUUUGGUUCAAUGAUUGGUAGGUGUGAGGAGGCAGGCAAAGAAUGAGGAUCUAAUUGCAGCUUUAAUGCAAACAAAAGAUGAACAAUGUAACUCAGAAUAUAACAAAAUGCAGGAAACCAGGCACAGAACAUGACAAAACAUGCAAAAACUGACAAAGGAAACAAGGGUUUAAAUACACAAGGGAAAACAAGGAACACCUGGGGAAACAAUCAGGGAAUGAGAAACAAUCAGGGAUAAUCAAUCAAGGAAUAAAUCUACAAUGACUACAAAACUAAUACACGAAACUAAACAGGAAUUCCAACAUAAAAGCACAAAAACAAAAGACAAGAGGGAAUAUGUGACAGAGCCCCCUUUAAGGAGCGGAUUCCAGACGCUCCAAGAAAGUAAAAAAAAAAAAAGAAAAGAAAAUUGUCCAUGGAGUGUAGGGGAAAACAUGUGGUUUGGGGGGGCACAAGGGGAGCACAAGGGGAGCAGAGCAACAAGGCAAGGUCAGGGAGCAGAUCAGGUGGGUGGCCAGGAGACCAAAGAAACCAGAGCAGAUCAGGUGGAUGGCCAGGAGACCAAGGAGACCAGAGCAGAUCAGGCAGAUGGCCAGGACAACAAGGAGACCAGAGCAGAUCAGGCGGGCGGCCAGGAGACCAGAGCAGAUCAGACGGGCGGCUAGGAGACCAGAACAGAUCAGGCGAACUGUCAGGAGACCAAGGGGACCAGAACGGACCAGGCGGGCAGCCGGGAGACCAGAGCUGAUCAGAGGGACGGCCAGGAGACCAAGGGGACCAGAGCCGAUCAGGGGGACAGCCAGGAGACCAAGGGGACCAGAGCCAAUUAGGGGGAUGGCAAGGAGACCAAGGGGACCAGAGCCGAUCAGGGGGAAGGCCAGGAGACCAAGGGGAUGGCCAGGAGACAAAGGGGACCAGAGCCGAUUAGGGGGACGGCCCGGAGACCAAGGGGACCAGAGCAGAUCCGGGGGAUGGCUGGGAGACCAAGGGGAUGACCUCAAGGUGGGGACCAGGUCAGAAGACCAGGGAGGUAGCCGUAGGACAGGGACAGGCAGCCGCAGGGCCGAGAGGGGGUCAGGAGGCCUGGGAGGUGGCCGCAGGGCCGAGAGUGGGUCAGGAGGCCUGGGAUGUGGCCGUAGGACAGGGACUGGUUCAGAAGGCCUGGGAGGUGGCCACAGGACAGGGACUGGUUCAGGAGGCCUGGGAGGUGGCCACAGGACAGGGACUGGUUCAGGAGGCCUGGGAGGCAGCCACAGGACAGGGUCAGGAAUCACCGAUGGAGGAGUUUCUGGGGAAUCGGGCGGAGCCACGUGAGGAGCAGUCUCUGGGGAGCAGGCGGAACCGAAGGGGAAAUAGUCUCUGGGUGAGCCGGCGGAGCCACGGGGGAAAUAUUCUUUAGGGCAGAGCCGUAGAAGUCUCUGGGGGCGGAGCCAUGUCAGGCGAAGCCGUGAAAGGCUCUGGGGGCGGAGCCGUGGAAGAGAGUACAGGCAGAAACUGGGGAACAGAAGCCUUUCUUCUUUUCCUCCUCCUACUGAUGGUCGAAGUUGGCAACGCUGGCUCUGGGACGGACGAGACUUCCAGCUCGUUGGUCGUAGCAGGUGUGGGCGUUGACUCGUUGGCCAUGGCAGGCGUGGGCGUUGGCUCGUUGGCCGUGGCAGGUGUGGAGGGACGAGCCAUGGAAGGCUGGGGGGUGACCACUGUGGGAGGAGAUUUAAAGCCCUCUUCCUCUACACCCACAGUGAAAGGCGAGCCAGGAACUCGAGGAGCAUCCAAUGAGGAUCCGCUGGGGGCAAUAGCUCCUUUAGUGCACUGCUGAGACCCGCCAUAAAGAAAACCCCCAAAGAGUAGUCUGGGUAGUGCAUUAAUUUGCCAGCUCUAAAAACUUACGGACGUGAUCCUC